AUGGUGGGAUAUUUACUUUCGGCUCUAGAAGUAAAAACUAAAACAAGCAUCAUUACAAACUUUGAAACUUCUGAUGGCACGAACGAAAGUUUAGAACUCCAAGAGAUCUCAAAGACAAGAAAUCCCAAAAGACAAAAAUCAGGAAAACAUGGAUCGAAAAAGACAACUAAGCCACGGUGGAGGGCAUGGAGAACAAAUUUGAAGUAUAAAGGGGGUUGGUUUCAAGAAGUGCAAGGCACAAUGAUGCUUGUGGCUACGGUCAUUGCUACCGUCACUUUUCAAGCCGGAGUGAACCCUCCUGGUGGCGUUUGGCAACCAGACACUCCAUUUAAUUCUUCCUACUACUUCAAUAAUGAUCCAAGAUCAUUUAAUUCUUCCAGCUACUUCGAUUAUGGUCCAUAUUAUAUACCGAGCAUACAAUUAACAGCUGGAACUGCAAUCAUGAUGUAUUUAGAACCCGACAAAUAUACGGCUUACACACACAUGAAUACAAUCUCGUUCUUGGCAUCUAUAAGUGUGAUUUUGUUGGUCGUUGGCCGGUUUCCUUUGAAAAAUAAGAUCUGUAGCUGGCUGUUGGCACUGGCCAUGUCUGUUGCGGUGGCGGCCUUAGGACAGGGGUAUUUUCUAGGAGUUGAGAUGGUUAACAAAUAUUCGUACUUUAAUGAUUCUUUCAGUGGAUCAUUCUAUUUGUUAUAUUUAUUAGUUAUCUCUUGCCUUGGGCUAGUCAGAGUGGCGGGUGUAUGGCACAUCCUUUCCUUUAAGUUAUGGAUUGUCAAGACCUUAUUCCGCACUUUCACCACUCAGGUUAAAUUCUACUGCUUCAAACGCACCACACCUUGA